AUGCCGAAAGCACGGCCGGAUGUAGCGCGGCGCGCUCAGCGUGCGCGACGACAUGAUCCUAUGCACAGGCCUAGCAUCGAAGUCCAAACGCCCUCGGCUGCGCAAAUCAUCCCGGCGUUGGCGAGUCUCGGUACAGAUGCAUCGGCACCUGCGAUUGAGACGGGGGACAAAGUAUGGGCCUUGGCUUCCGUCUCUACGCUGCUAGUCGAGGACGAUGCAAAGCAUCGUCAGCUUCUCCUGGACAACAAAGUGAUUCCACGUGUCUUGUACGCCUUGGCCUCCGAUACAAACCUCGAAGUACGCCGCGAGGCAAGUGGUGCGCUGCGCAAUUUGUGCGUGGGCAGCACCGACGAUGUCCUCGCGCAGAUUGUCAACAAGGGGGGUCUAGAGACGGUGCUACAAGUGUUGCGGUGGGCCGCACUGGGUUUGCAGAACCAGGAGCAGCGCCUGGAACGUGCACGAGCGCCGCUGCUGGCGGAACGUGAGCGCCUGCUGAGCAAGCCUGUGGAACAGAUGAAUCGCAAAGAACGACGGCAAGCGGCCAAGCUCGCGCAGGGCAAAUUGCCGUCGGCUACCGCCGGUGCGACCGCCGAAUUUGUAGGCGAUGAUGCGCAAGAUACCCUGGACGUGCAUGGUUGGGGCCAUGAUGUGAUGACAUCGUUGGCCGCUAUGGAUUCAGCCGCGGCGCAGUGCUUGGCCGAGCUGUGUGUCAAUGUCGUGACGUCGCUUGCGUGUAUGUGCGAGGCGAGUGAGAAGUAUGUGGCGCGGGCGCUGGCCUGGGACUGGUCGGAGCCGUCGUCGCCGUCGCCGCUCGUCGCGGAAGCGCUCAGUGCAUGGCUCUGUCAAGCCGUGCACGUAGGCACGUUGGCCAGUACGCAUGCAGAGCAGGUGCCGCAUGGCGCAGAGUGUGCGCGCGCCUUGGUACAGUGGGGACUGGCCAGUGCGCAAGUCCUUGGCUCCCUCACCGACGAAGAUACCACCGGCUUUGCGCGCGGCAUUGCGGGCGAGCGCAGUCGUACGCCUUCGCCGGCCGCGGCUCGUGCCACGCCAGCCCAGCUGCUGGAAGCACAGAAACGCGGCGAAGGGCGGCUGCAGCAGCUGACAUCGGCGGGAGCGCUUUUGCGUACAGAUGCGUCGCCUGCCGUAGCGAUGCUUGGUGCCGCGGCGAAUGCGGCGUUGGUUCGUGUGUAUACGUCCUUGCACGACACAGGGGAAGGCGUCGAGGAGGACGAGGACGGUCCGGCAGACGACAGCCUCGAUCCUAUGUGCACCACCACGUCGGCCAUGCCGCUGUCCGAGUACGUGGAGCAGGCGUUGGUCGCGCAGUUGGGCCCUGUGCUGGUGCACGCCUCGACGUCGACCUUCGCCGGGGAGGAACAGCACGUGGUGGAAGUGUGCUUGGAGCUCGCGGCGGAUGUGGCAGGUGCCAUGGGCCUUGUCUUCUCUACGCGUGUCGAUCCAGAUGCGAUGGACGACGACGCGGAGGUCGAUGCUGCCGCGCGUCUGCAGCGCUUCACGCCCGUAGCAUGGCUUCACUCGUCGUGGACCGAGGCGCUCCUUCGUCUCGCGACGCCGACCGACGCGUCGCAGCACACGGACGCGGCAGGCAUGCAUGCACGUGCCAUUGAAUCACGCGCGUUGGCCGCGCUGCACAAUGGCCUGUGGCGCCUGGCGUCCCAAGCGCCGCCGCCGCCUUCGCAGUGGCCCGAGGACGAGGAGGCCCUAGCGCACAUUGCCGCAUGGCGUGCGUGGGUCGGCACGACGUACCUGAACGAUGACGAAGAAGAGCAAGGAGGCAUGGCAGGCCCGACGGCGGCUCAGACGACGUUGCAAACGCUGUGGACGCGUGUGUUUGAGACGGCGGCUUCGUGGGCAGGCGUAGAGAGUGUUGCGAAUGCACCGAUGACGACGCCGACCACGGCCAUGUCGAGCACGUCGACCGCUGGAUCGCUGGCGUCCGAUGGCCUGGCGAUGGUGAGUACGUGCCUUGGAUGUCUUUGGUCGAUGGCACGGAUCCUGGAAGGGCAGUUGCCAUUGACGCAAGGCGACGAGAUUGCUACACCAGUCCAGGCGCUCAUGGCCGCGUACCACUCGGCUCAUCAGCCGGCAGUGCGUGUCCAGUGCAUUGGCACGCUGGCCGUGCUAGCCCGAUCGCAAUGGUACCGUUACGAGACCAAGGGCAUGACGACGACGAGGCCGCCGCCAGCAUACCACGCCGUGUACGUGCGCCUCGCUACAUUCUGGCUCGAGAUCUUGCAACAGGGCCCAGACGCCGAGACCCUGAUUGCCGUGCUGAAUGCCAUUGUCGAUACGUACGCCAACGAACUAGCGCCCUGGGACUCGGUGUACACGGAGGCGCAUAUGCAAGCCGCGCUGACGCAGCGCCUGCCGAGCAUCACCGCGGUGGCCAAGCAGGUGAAUCGGCGUGUGGAUGCGCCGCUGUAUGCGGCUCUGAUGGACAGUGUACAGAAUCUACGGGCGUUCCUCGCGUACCGUGCGAGUCUGGCGUGA